AUGGUCUCGAUACCGCUGCUCUUGAUUACGAUCGUGGGCCAAGCCGCCGGUGCACCGCAAGGCCUCGGCAGCGUCCUGCAAGGCGUCAUCAACGACGUCAAGCACUCCGUUGCUGGCGUACGUUACGCGUUUGAGAGUCUCGUCGACGCCGAGCCCGUCACAGGUUUUUGCUCGCCCGAAGCUCUUCGCGCCUUUGACGACGCACUCAUCUCCGGUGCCCUCGAGCGUCGCACGGCCUAUCCCGCGGGCAUCCUCGAGCUCUCAGGUCCGACGCUGUCGACGAUCGAUGGACCUGCGUUCUCGAAGCGCCAAGACGCCUUCCUCAACGCCCUCUCCGGCCCGGCGCUUGCUGCGUACCAGCCACGCAUUCAACGACGUAUCCAAGAAGACCAUGCGAUGUGGGCAGCCCGGGGCAGUACCUUCUCGCUCGCGCUUCACGCCAAAACCUCGGUGUUUAAAGUGUUCUUGGAUGUUGUCUACGGCGUGUCCGACCCCGAGAAAUACACGGGCUACCGCGCGCAACUGGACGAGUACCUCUUUUACGUGAGCAAGACGAGCCGCCGCGCCCCGGCCGACGCCACCAAGAUCCGCGAGCGCCUACUCGCGGCCAUUGUACGCCCGGCCAUUGCGUCGAGUGUGGCCCGCGUUCGCAGCGGUGCAUCGACGACAUGCGUUCUCGACGCCGUCGUGGCGCAAGGCUCAGUCUCUGAGGCCGACUUGGUAGUUGAAAGCUUCCAGCUCUUGGCGAUGGGCCUUCCAGGGCUCGAAGGUCUCGUCGUGCACACGAUCACGGCCAUGGUGAGCCACGACGACGUCCGCGGUCAAAUGGCGACGGCUCGGGACGCGUACACGGCCCAGUACCCCAACGGCGCACAUUGGAGCCAUCUCGAGGACCUCGAUGCUGUCAACCAGUACGUGAACGAAGUGCAGCGCGUCUACGGCGCAAGCCCACGCCACACGUUUGCCCGUGCGACGAAAGACCUCACGGUGCCCGACGGCAGCGGUGCGAUGGUCGCAGUGCCCAAGAACCGCCUCACAGUCGCGCUGCUCGACUGCAUCAACCACGACCCCAAGCGGUGGCCGUCGCCAGAGCAGUUCCAGCCUGCGCGCUUCGCGACGGCCAACACGUCGGCCUAUGGAUUUGCGCCGUUUGCGAUCGACGACCUCGUGCACCGCGUAGAGGGGCGCCGCGAAGGGCUCUCGCGCCUCAUCUUGCAGUCGCACGUGGUCUCGCUGCUUGACUUUGUCGCUGUCAUGGCGCCGCUGCAGUCAUUUGCGCUGGGCGACGGCGUGAACCCGCUGCCCAUCGACCUGCUCACCACCGUGAGCUUCCGCUACGCCCCAGGUGUCGUCCAACAAGACGUUGACGCGUGGCGCCGGCUGCAUCAUCCGAACGCAAAGCUCUACAAUGGAUCGCUUGAGAACCCGCUGCUGGCGGCCUCUGACAAGCGCCUCGACUUUUGGACGCACUCGAUGAUCCAGCUCUUCAACGUCCGGUUUGAGACGUGGGUGACGCCGACGGCCGCAGCGUCCAUCAAGGUGCCGACGACGCAAAAGACGCUGCCCAAACGCACGCUCUACGGCACUUCGAUCCAGAUUCCCACCGAGGACGAAGACGUCGCGAUCCCCAAAGUCGUUCUCGAAAGCGCCAAGCUCCUCCAAGACUCGGCGCCGUUUGUCGACAACUUUGACGCCAAGUGGGCGCCUGGCGAAGACAUGGAAGGAUACGUGCUGAGCAAAGUCGGUCGCAUGUGGCCCCGCGUCCGAGUGCACUGGGACGACCGGUACUCGGACCGCGCGCUCGAGCUGCUUGUCUUCCACGGUCUCGGCCAACACAUGGUUCAGAAGCUCGCCACAGCGCACGACGAUGGGUCGUACUAUACGGUGGCGACGAACUUCUUGGCGUCGAUCGAAGUUCGCGCGGGGUACGCGAUCACGGGGGCCGACGCCUUCUUCGACGCGAAGGGCAAAGUGACCAAGAUCGUCCGACUCGGCAAGACGAUUCGCCCCACGGAUGCGGCAUGGGAGUACGCCAAAAUGUGUUUUCGCUCGAGCUUGGUGAGCAAAAUUACGGCCGUCGACCACCUCAUGGGCCUCCACGUGACCGUUGGCAACUACAUGACGACGGCGUCCCGCGAGCAGCUGCCGCCGGCGCACCCGCUGCGUCGCCUCAUCAAGCCCUUUACGUUCCGCGCCGUCGCCAUCAACUAUGACGCGUCAAUUGCUCUCUUUGCACCCAAAGGCAUGCUCCACCGUGCAUUUCCGUUCACGGAGAAGGGGCUCAAGGACACGUGGGCCAUGGCACUUAAGAGCCUCACGUUGGAGCCGUUCCCAGUGCAUCUGGCACGACAGCAAGUCGACACGAUUACGCUGCCGUACCACGAAGACGGCGCCGACUACUGGAAGAUCGUGCGAACCUUUGUGAGCGAGUACCUCGACUUGUACUACAAGAGCGACGACGACGUGACGCGCGAUGCGUCGAUCCAAGCGCUGUGGGCGUUCCUCAACAAGCAGCUGCCGACGCCACUCGGCGUUCUGAGCUUGGAGAACCUGAAGGAUGUCGUUGCGCACAGUAUCUUUUUGGUCACGGCCAUGCACAACCACCUCGGCGGCAUUGCCGAGUACGUCUCGGACCCGGCGUUCUGCCCCGUGUCGUGGGUUGAAGGCGAGCUCUCGGGGCGCCCCGGGAACGCCGUGCGGGCGGCCCUUAUCAUGAGUGGCACUGGGUUCCCGCAGCCCAACAUCUUGGAAGAUUUUUCGCAUGUGCUUUUGGAUGACGCCGCCAAAGCCGUCGCUCACCGCUUCACGGCGUCGUUGCAGGCAUUUGUACAAGUCGUCGAGGCGCGCAACGCCCAGCGAAUCCUUCCGUAUCAAGCUUUCAACCCCUUGGUCAUGGACAUGGCCAUUGGGAUAUGA